AUGCGCACGACCAGGAUCCGCGGCAUCGCUCUCUCAGUCCCGUACUUUGAUGGCCCUCCGCUCGACUAUCUGGUCUCGGACGCGGUCUUGCGCGAUGUGACGGCCGUCGCUGACACGCUGAACUUGGGCGCCGAGCUGCCUGCCGGGUUGGCCGAUUAUGCCGCUACCGCCGUCGAUCGCUCGCGCCGCCUUGCCCUUCCUCUGUGGAUCGAGCCUUUAAUGUGCGUGACCACGAAGACCCAGCUGGAGAGGCUCGGCCUCUCGUCUUUCCCAGACUCGCUGCUCCAGCUCAAGGCCAGUUGCACCAGCUUUCGCAGCCUUCCCGAUGUUGGCGGCCACGCCGCGUGUCUGGCGCUUGACUCACGCUCGCCAACCUUUGCCAUCGACUCGAUCCUCGCUGCUGGCCUCGAGCCCGACGACUAUGCCAGCUUUCGGGCCGGCAAGCUCCCUUUUGACGGUCCCGAGAUGACCGAUGUCCUCUCAUCUGCCGCGAGUGAUCUUGACGGCUUCCUCUCGGAGCUCUCAUUCUCGGCUGCUGCGCUCGCAUCCAACGCGGCUUUUGCCGUCUGCGGCUCGAUUUCGCACUUGCUUGCCGAUGCCCAGCUGCCGGCCGACGACCUGGUUGCCGGCGUCUUCCCGGCAGCACCCGGUGUGGUUGUCGGGAUCACCACCGCCGCCGCCAUCCCGCUCCGCGCUCUUGUCCCGGCCGACGCCCUCGACUACCUCUCGUGGCUCGGUUCGAUUGCGGCCCUGCAUGCCGCAGCGCCCGAGCUCGAGGCCAAUGGUGCGCUCCCGCUGCGGGCCUCCCUCCUGGCCUCGGCCUCGCCUGGACUCUUCGCCCAGACCGCCGAUGCGGUAUGGGCCGCUUUGCGUAUCACCGCGCCUUCAUCGCGCGCCUUUGCUGUCGCCGCUGUUGGCGACGCCUGGCUCGCCGCGCUUCCGGCGUUUCUCCACCGCGACUCUUUGCAAGACGACCUCGCCAAUCUCGAGGCUCUCCGUCUUGCUGAGAUCGAGGGCCGGAGCGCGCCACCGCUCUUUGUGCCAUUGCCCGGCUCGCACCCGGUCGCCAGCCUCACUGUCAACAUCACGACUGCUGCUACCGCCGCCAAUGACACCAUCCUUUUCUACACGCUCGACGGCUCGACGCCAAGUCUUGCCGACUCGCCGUCGACGCCGGUGCCGCUCGUCAUCGACCUCGAGCGCUCGGCCACCAUUCAGAUCAUUGCACUCCGGCCCGGUCUGGCGGCUGCGCCGGUCGUCGUCGCUUCCUACACCCUCGCCGGUGCGCCACGUGUCAGUGGCAAGCAGGCGCGGUCCCAGAUCCAGAUCGCGCUCGCGCUUGCCAUCUUUAUCAUCGUCAUUGCUGUCCUUGUCGGCAUGGUGGCUCUCCUUCUCCUCACCCGCAAACGGCGGCAGAGCGGUACCGUCGACGUCAGCAACGUGCCCAUCAUCGACGCUGAGGAGCUACGCGAGGUGGAGGAGCAGGCCAAGGGCACGUACGGCCGGGUGAGUCUCGCGGUGCUCGACGACGAGCACGUCAUUAUCAAGCACAUCGCCUUUGGCCUCGCCGACGACGUCCUCGCCGAAGCAUCCAAGCUCACCGUGCUCUCGGCGCCGAACCUCAUCCGGUUCCGAGGCGUCUGCCUCGGCCUCGGCACGCCGGCGCUGGUCACCGACUAUGCGCCGCGUGGCUCGCUCCACGCCGCGCUCCUUAACCCGCGCCUCAUCCUCGACUCGACUAUCAUUCUCCGAUGGGCCCACGAGAUCGCUGUCGGCCUCGCUGCUCUACACGCCGCUGGCAUUGUUCAUGGCUCGCUCAAGUCACUCAACGUGGUCCUCGCCAACGACUGGACGCCGAUGCUCACCGACUUUGGCCUCUUCAAAGUCAAGUCGCAGCUCUCGUUGCAGGCCGUUGUCGCCGAACCGUCGCGCUACACCUCGACAACCAACUUUGCCACGUCCUCGAUCUGCGAUUCGGGCCGUGGCUCACUCUCGUCCUUUCGCUCGCGCGGUGUCCUCGCCGCCUACGAGGACAUGCGCGAUCUCUCGAUGGAGCUCUCCGAGUCCGAGGGCGAGGGCAGUCGGGCGAGCUAUGCUCAACAGGCUGAGCUCGCCGGCCUCUACUGGGCUGCUCCCGAGCUGCUUGGCUCCGAAGUACCGGUCCCGACGAUGGCCUCCGACAUCUACGCGCUCGGCAUCACACUUUUUGAGCUCGCCACACGCCGCCGUGUCUACGAUGGCGAGUCACCUGUCGCCAUCGCCUUUGAGGUCUCCAAGGGCCUGCGGCCCGACGUCGCCGGCAUCCCGCCGCAGUUAUCACCGCUUGCCACCCUCAUCCCGGUGCUGUGGGACCACACUCCGGACGAGCGCCUUCCCGUCGCCGAUCUUGUCCCGCUCCUCGCCGACUUGUACUCGCCCGAGGUGGUCAUCCUGCCUUCGGCGCCCGAGGCUCCGUUUGGAUCGGUCAUCCUCGUCUCCAUGUCUCUCCCGGGUGCGCUGGAGCGGAUGGCGCGCUCGCCCAUCCGCGGCGCCGGACUCCUCAACUCGUUUCACUCCCAUGUCACGACGCUGGUCGACCAGGCUGGCGGUACCAUUCUCCGAGCCAGGCCCGAAACCAUCAUCGCCACCCUCCAUCACGCGUCUGAGAUCUCCAACCUCGCUCACGCCCUCCAUGGCCUCUCGCUCUCGCUCGGCAGCAUCCGCCUCCUUGCCCUCCGCGGCGUCAUUGAGACUCGCCGCUCCGCGCUCCCCGGCGAGUACAUGCUUGCCGGCCAAAUCAUGACCAUUGUCGGGGCCAUGGCGGCCGCCGCCUCUCGCGCGUGCGAGGCUUGCCCCGAUGUCUAUGCCAACAGCUGCACCGCUUUGGUCCUCUCCAAGCUCUCCGACGAGAUCCAGCGCGCCCACGCGGCGACCGGCAUCCCGCUCUCGCUCAUCGAGCCGGUCGGCAUGCCCGACUCGGCGCCGCCGAUGCUCCAAAUCGCGCUUGCCGCCGUCGCACCGCCAACCUUGCAGCCCGACCCGUUUGACUCUAUUCUUCACCCUCCGGCCCGCGAGCUCAUCAUGUUUGCCCAGGCCGUCGCCGUCGCCGCGCGCCUGGCCACCAUCUCGUCGCGCAUCAAGGCGCCUGUCGCCAUCUGUCUCGAGCCGCCGUUUCUCGCCGUCGUCAUGCAGCAGAUCCGGACAACAUCGCUGGCCAUGGUCCUCGACGCUCGUGCCACCAUCAAGCAUCCGUCGCUUACCCUUCCGCUCGCCCCGGGCAUCCUUAACGUCCUCGCCCUCGGCCUCGUCCGCGCCGUCUCAGACCUGCAUCGCCUCUCCCAGACCUGUCACGGCUCUCUCACCCUUGGCAACAUAUUUGUUCGCUUUGACGCCGCCCGCACCGCGCCCAUCGACAUUAUCCUCUCCGACACCUGGUCUGCCAGCAUCCGCGCAAUCAUCGCCCCCAGCACCCACCUCGAUUCCCUCCUCUCGGCUCCUGAGCAGAUCAACCCGUCCCUCGCACCCAUCUCCCUCGCUACCGAUGUCUUUGCCAUCGGCUCGGUUCUCUACACCCUCCUCACUGGCCAUCGCCCCUACGACUCGCUCAAUGUCAUGGUUGCUGCCGCUCACAUCGCCAGCACUCGCGACUCGCCGCGAGAGUACGAGUAUGACCGUGGGUCGCGUGGUGAUCGCGGCGGCCCGCGCGGCGGCGGGCGCCCGCUUCCGCACCCGCACUCGCACCCGCCUCCUCGUGGCGGCGACCGUGGCAGCUACGAUCGCGGCUACGAUCGUGGAUACGAUCGUGGCGGCGACCGCGGCAGCGGCCGUGGCGGCGACCGCGGCAGCGGCCGUGGCGGCGACCGCGGCGGCGAUCGCGGUGGCGACCGCGGCUAUGACCGCGGUGGCGACCGCGGCGGCAGUCGAGGUGCUAACCGUGGCGGCGACCGCGGUGGGGACCGUGGCGGUGACCGCGGUGGCGACCGCAGCGGCUACGACUACCGUUACGAUUAUCGCGGUGGGCGCGACGAGUACCGGCGCGAUUACAACAGUGGGCGGCGCGGUACUGGCGCAGGCGCUGUUUCAGGCGCAGGCGGCAGUGGUGACGCCGGCGGCAGCGAUCGCCGGCGCGGCGACGACUGGGCCCACCGUGACCGCGACCGCGGUCGUGGCGCGUACCACGAUCGGCGCGGCGAGCCGCGCGGGCGCGAGCACUACCCGCGCCGCGGCGAGCAUGUUGACCAGCGCGGCGAGCCCAUACCGCGCGAGUACCGCGAGUUCCACGACCGGCGUGCUGGCAUGCGCGAGCACCACGAGCGGCGCAGCAACGGAGACCGGGCGUACAACCAGACUGCAAGCGCCAGCUCGGGCACUGGCCGUGGUACUGUUUUCUCGCGGCUGGCGGCAGAGGAGGGCAGCCGGGCGCCAGCUGUCCCGCGCAACAACGCAGCGGCGUGGGGCUCGCGAACCAUUGCGGCGUUUGAGUUUGGCGACGUCGACCAGAUUGGCGAGGGCACGUACGGGCAAGUCUACCGCGCCACUGACAAGGCGACUGGCGACGUGGUGGCACUGAAGAAGAUCCGUGCCGACCGGCAGAAGCGCGAGGGCUUCCCCAUCACUGCCAUCCGCGAGAUCAAGAUUCUGAAGCACCUCAAGCACCCCAACAUUGUCAACCUCAAGGAGGUUGUCAUUUCCGAGCCCGAGGCCGAGACGGUCCACUCGUCAGUCCGCGGCUCGGUGUACAUGGUGUUUGAGUAUGUGGAUCACGACCUGAGUGGCCUGCUCGAGUCGGUCAACGCGCCCAAGAUGGAGGCCGGGCAGGUGAAGGACUUUAUGCUUCAGCUCCUCGCGUCCGUCGCAUACACCCACCAGAUGGGCAUUCUGCACCGCGACAUCAAGGCCGCCAACCUGCUUGUUUCCAAGGACGGCGUGCUCAAGCUCGCCGACUUUGGCCUUGCCCGCCAGAUCGACCAGAGCGCGCGCUACACCAACAAGGUCAUCACCCUCCAGUACCGCCCACCCGAGCUUCUCCUCGGCGGCGACAGCUAUGGCCCGGCCGUCGACAUGUGGUCCAUCGGCUGCAUCUUUGUUGAGCUCCUCACCGGCGGGCGGACCCUGUUCCGCGCCGACAAGGAGAAAGACCUGAUGAUGGCCAUCGUCAAGGUCUGCGGAACGCCGACAGAGGCUGAGUGGCCGGGCCUCUCGGCUCUUCCGCUCUUCCACUCGUUCAACUUUCCUCGCACCCGCCGCCGCCUCCGCGACUCGCUCCCGAGCAUCGACGCCCAGGCGUUUGACCUUCUUGACAAGCUCUUCACCUACGACCCAGACAAGCGCAUCUCGGCCGCCGCUGCCAUUGCGCACCCAUACUUUACUCUGCACCUCUCCCGGUCCAAGACCCACAAGCGGAAGCGCGACGUGCCCAAGAGCCAACCACCGGCCGCGGCAACCACGCGUGCGUCUGUGCCUGUGUCUGCUGCAGACGCGGACCUGCCGCCGGCCAAGCGCACCAAGCCGCUCGUCGCUGCCGCCACCGAGUAA